AUGAAGCAAAUAACAAGGCUGCAACGUUCAGCUUCUGGAGAAGAUGAAUCACAGGAGGAUGAAUUCGUCCCAGAUCACUUGCGCUCCCCGGGCCCUUGUGUGCAUUGGGUAACAGCGAAAAAUUUGCCCCCUCCUAUCAAUACAACAUAUUACUCUGAUAAUUUCAUGAACCUAUACUUUAUCACGAGCUCUGUAAGGAAAUUGAAUUUUGCGCUCCCGACCGUCCCUCCAUCAGAACCAUCUCAGGAUGAAGGAACUGCUGGCCCAGACUGGAAAUAUUGGCGGCCAAUUUCAACCCAUCUUGGUCUUAGUUGCGCCUCAGGUCGGGGAAUACCAAAUUACAUACCCGAGUGGGAGUUGAUUCAGGAGGAUAGAGUCUGGUACCAUGUCGAUGAUUUGAAAAGGCAAUACCCGGUCACUCUCUCCUCAGACCUCCAGGAAGAUCAAGGAUCUGUGGUACGAUUUGUACCAUAUGCUUUCAUACCAGCGGAGAGACAAUCCUGGCCUAACGGAACCCCAGCACCUCUCAACGUUGCCGAGUUAGAGUCAUAUCUAGGUCUUCUCUACUCUGUUCCUAGUGACCAUAGACUUCAUCUGGGCUUUGAAAAAUCGACACUGCGUUUAAAAGCAGCGGGAGGAAUACUUAAGAUGCACCUCGAAAAUAUUAGAAAGUUAUUCGACGGCUGGGAAACGUUCAAAAUUAUAGACUUUGACGAGUUCAUGAAUCCGACUGUCUAUAGCCGAAAUAUCCCCAAUCGACAAGUCCCUGACAAAGAGUGGAAUAUUAGGACAAGGCCAUAUGCACAGGCUUCGAUGCCAUCCCUUCUAGCAGAGUGUUUUUCCAUCAACGUUUCACCUACUCCCUUGCGUUUGACGCGCUCCGGAAACUGUAUCAGACAGUCUCGUCUCACGAUGAAACAAGGUUACGGGCCAUGGUACCGGAUAGUCCACUGCCAGGGGCUAACGUCAAGAUUCGGCAAGAAAUCCUUGCCUCAAUUCACAAACAUAAAGGAUGUUGUGACUUUGCUCCUUGAACCUAGAUUCUUCGCGCAAACUCCAGGCAUCCGGAACCAGGAAAUGACUGACUAUGUCUCGGAAAUGUUUUUACUUCAUCUCAACUGCCAUCGUCGCUACACCAUAUAUAACCCAUACAAACGUCGUGCACCGUUCCACAUAACUUGGUUCCGUAUCAUGGAGGAGAGGGAAUUAGCAACAAAUGCGAAUUGGAAAUCAGGACGACUGUACGGUGGUACAAAAGAACAAAGGUUUGAAGAGGUCGCUUUCACUGUCGACUACUUCUUCGAGCAAACUUUGAACUCUGAUUGGUGGUCUCGCCGUCAAUCUCCAGCGUCAUAUAGCUCAUUUCAUUGGACUACGAUCUUACUAAGCCCGCAACACCUGGAUCUUAUUCACGAAAACCUCCACUGGCCGCCCAGUGCUAUUUUGGUGCUGAUAAAAAAUGCCCUCCAGAAUGCUGCAAAUUCUUAUGAAAAUGUCUGCUCACACUUCGCGUCAGUUUUAAAUGACCAACUUGCCAUUUUUGAUCUAGAUGAGCAUGACAACCUUUUAUUCGACGAUAAUACCUUUUCCAGAUCUCGCUGUUAUUUCUGGGUGAUUGAUAGUUUAGAAGCAUUCAAGGAGCGGAUAGCAGAUGCUAAAAAGCAAUGGGAAGACUUUUGGGCCGCCCGUGAAGAUAUCUUCAGAAAACAUGAAGAAGGCCACAUAUCUCGCCUGAGGUCUUUUGGCGUAAAGGAUCCUUAUUUUGCAGCAGAAAACAGACAACGAUAUGUUUUCCCUAAAAGCUAUCGAGUGGAUGAUGUUGUCAAUUCUAUAAAUGUUGAAGUGAGCAGACUAGACAAUUCGGCUCAGGUGCUGGAAGGCUUCUAUAAGAAGACCCGAUCCUUAAGGGAUGGUCUGUUCAGUGCCAGUGCAGUGGCGGAAAGUCGUGCAGCAACACAACUUGGCGAGAACAUACGACUCCUCACCUACGUCAGCAUAUUUUAUCUUCCUCUGAGCUAUUGUGCUAGCCUCUGGAGUCUCAAUGAGCAUUACACGGUUCUAAAUUUCGCCAUAGUUACUUUUUUCAUUGCCCUCGCCACAUACAGUUUGGUUGGUAACUUGAACCAUGCUGUCCUCUUUUCCAAAAAGACCGUCCGCCAUAUCAAGAAUCCCAUUGUCGAGCGUAUGAAGAGGGACCCUGAUAGAAUCUGGGGAGAACGUGGCGACCGGUUUUCCGCCUUCAAGCCCGUCCGGGAAAGCGUCGAGCCCUCGCAGUGGCAUAUCCCACUGUACUUAUGUAUUGAAAUUCUGCGGAAAUUUCGCUUGCUCAGACUCUCUCCCUCCAAACCAAGACCGGAGCACGAAACCAUAAAACCGUACGAAGUGAAACCCCCUCCCUUCAGCCUGGACGAACCGAUUCAGGUAUUAAAGCAGGUGAGCAACUUAGCCACAGCAAGUGGGAAGCAGACCGUUUCGAGCGGCAUUAUAUCUUCGGUGAAACAGAAAUUUGCGCCCAAGGGGCCGGGUAUUACACAUUAUUUUGAACGUCGUGGACACUGGCUGGUAUUGAAACAGCCAGCGAAGACAGUGCGAGAAGAUGCGGCAAAGGAAGUGUAA